AUGACCCGGUCUUCCGCUACGCGGUCCAGUGCAUUGCGCGUGCUGGACCGGGGUACGUUCCCCCCCAAGAGGCGCUUCAUUAGAUGGGCGGGCUUGAAGAAGGUGCGGCAGAAAAUGGAGGUCGCGCUCGCCCCCGUAGUCGCAAGCUGGAAGCGGGACGGGGUCACCGUGUCGUCGGACAUGAUGACUGACCGUUGUGGCCGCCCGCAGGCCAACGUGCUCCUUGUCAACAACUCCGGCGCAGUUUUCGAGCAAGCCGUCGACUGCCACAUGGAGUCGAAGACCGGGGGGUACAUUGCUAGCCUUCUCCGCCCCGUCAUUGAUGAGGUGGGGCCGGAGAAUGUGGUGGCGGUCUGCACUGAUGGCGGCAGCAACUAUGCAUCGGCAGCCACGAAGAUUGCGAGCACAUGGCCGCACAUUGAGCAUGUGCCAUGUGCCACGCAUGUCCUGGACCUGAUGAUGGAAGGCGUGGGCAAGAUGGGAUGGGCGCAGGGGCUCGUGGAGAAGGGAGAGAUGAUGAUUAACUUUGUGCGCAACCACCACUUCACCCUGGGGGACAAGGACAGGAAGAUUGCAGCCGAGAAGUUCAGGGCUGCCGUGAUGGAUGAGGAGUGGUGGGGGCUGGCGGGGUUUUUUACCUCUCUCAUGGCGGUGCCCUUCAAGGCCAUGCGGGUCACGGACUCCUCGGCGAAGGGGAUGAUGGGUAAGAUGUAUGAUAUCAUGCUACAGCUUACCGAAGACAUCAAUGACAAGUUGGAUGAUGCAGGCGAUUUCUUGAGUCGGGGAGAAAAGGCAGAGAUCACCCGGAUUGUGAAGGACAGGUGGGACAACUCCCUUGCCUGCCCCAUGCAUGUGGUUGGCCGGAUCCUGAAUCCGGCCAACCAGGUGGAUAGGAUUUUCAGGAACGAUGUGGAGUGCACGCGGGUGUUCAACGACUACAUCGAGCGCCACUACGACAACAAAACCUUCAGGCGUGGCAAGGAUGGCGCCCCUCGCCGCGCCUCCCUUGUGCUGCAGGAGGCACUGCUGGCCUACAUCAACAUGGAGGGCAGCUUUGGCACGCCAGGCGCCAUAUCUGCAAGGGAGGCAGUGAAGAAGGGGGAGAUGACCAUGGUGCAGUGGUGGUCGUGGCACAGCACCGAGUACCCUGAGCUUGCCACCCUCGCAUGCCGGGUGCUCACUCAGCCCGUCUCGGCUUCCCCAUGCGAACGUGGCUGGGCGCAGUGGGAAGGCGUCCACACCGCCCGCCGCAACCGGCUCGGGUCCGCCAAGUGUGCGGACCUCGUCUACAUUGCGCACAACUGGAACGAUGUGCGCAAUUGGUACAAUAAGGAUGGGGACAGCACGGUUGUGCCCGGUAACAUCCCGGAUGCCCCUAUCCCCCCUGGCUAUAACAUGGAUGAGGAGGAGGAUGACAUGCUGGGGGCGGAAGGAGAGGAUGCAGUUCUGGCGGAUGAGUAUGGGGAAGGGGCGGUGUUGGAAAAGCCCCGCAAGGAAAUCUAG